GCUAAAGUGCGAGUUUUUUUCUAUAAUAAAUCGGAUAAACCCACCUUCCAGAAUUCCUGAUUUACACACGCUCAGGCUUGUUCCUUGUUCACAUGAGAACAGAAAACUAAGUUUUUUCUUUCUUUUCUCUUUAUUAUUUUUAACCUAUGAGAAAUGACUGACAAAGACAGACUUGUACACAAGCUACCAGUGGCAUUAAGUGCUUUAGUUGGUUCGAUUGUGUUUCAAGCCAUUUUUAGAAAAAGAGGAGGAUUUAUGUAUAGACAAGCAGUAGCCGUCAUUUGUAUUAUGGCUUCAGCUUUUUAUGGUGUGCUUGCUUCUUUAACACUGCCUCUCUUUGGUAAGGCACACUUAAUUAAUUGGUCUGUGGCCAGAGUCGAGUAUUACUUGUGCAAAACAUUUUUGGGCAUCACAGCUACUGUAGAAGGCAAGGAAAACUUACCAAGCGAAGAUGAACAGGUUGUUUAUGUCUGCAAUCAUCAGUCCAUGAUGGAUAUUAUGUAUAUGGCGCGUGUCUUCCCCAAACGUACGUCAGUAGUAGCCAAGAAAGUCAUCAAAUAUUACCCAUUUUUGGGAUGGUUCAUGAUGCUGAGUAAGGCCGUCUUCUUGGAUCGUGGAAAUCGUGAAAGUGCAAUCAAAGAAGCGAAGAAUGCUGCAAAGGAUAUUCACAAGAAAAAAACCAGUGUUUGGAUCUUUCCUGAAGGUACAAGAGGCAACAGUGCUGAAAUUGAUUUGCUGCCUUUUAAAAAGGGUGCAUUCUAUAUGGCAGCACAAGCAAAAGUACCCAUUGUGCCUAUCGUCAUUGCAAAUUACAAAGAUAUUUACCAUACAAAAUCAAAAAGAUUUGGUCAUGGUGACAUUAAGAUUAAAAUCUUGCCUCGAGUGUCAACUGAAAGCAUAUUAGAAGAUUCAGACGAUAUCAACAAGCUAGUGAAUCAAGUUAGAAAUCAAAUGUUGAAUGUGCUUAAAGAAAUCAGUGUAGAAAAAAAUGAAUGAAUUUAGAAAACGAGCGCUUGAUUAUUAAGUGACACACGUCCCUUUUUCUCAGUUUGUUUGUGAAGCAAAAGAGAUUAACAAAUAAACAAUGCUUAAUAAGAUAUACGAAAC